CCAAUUUUCCCGGAAAAAAUAUUUUAUUUUUGUUCUUUCGCUCUUAAAAACACAUUCCUUCUUUUAAACAAACACUGAAAAAGUUUUUUGUUUUUUGUUUGUGUAUUUUGUUUUGUCUUUUCAAUUUGUUGUAUAGAAUACAAUAAUGUCAUCACCACCACCAGGGGGGACUCCAGCGCCGUCAUCACCACCACCAUCAACAAACACUACGUCUCCACCGCCAUCUGCAGCCGGAGCUCCGCCGCCGAGUAGUCCUCCUUCCCAAUCGCCGCCAUCCACCGCAACUCCGCCGCCAACUACCACUCCUGCCACACCACCACCAACCGCAGCAACUCCGCCGCCAACUAACACUCCUUCUACACCACCACCAACCGCAGCAGCUCCGCCGCCAACUAGUCCUCCCUCCCCGCCAUCUGGUACCCCAUCUCCACCUCCAGCCACCCCAUCAGCUCCUCCUUCAAGCAACACUCCUUCCCCCUCCGCUUCAUCGCCUCCUCCAACAUCAUCUGUAUCUCCUCCACCUUCAGAAGCAGCAUCUCCACCACCAUCCUCUACCCCUUCUCUUACACCUCCUUCUACGUCAACUCCAUCGCCACCUGCCCCGAGAAGUCCAGGUACUCCAUCUCCACCACCACCUCCUUCGAGGAAUUCAGGAACUCCAUCUCCUCCGUCGCCACCGUCAUCAAGCAGUGGUAUAUCGACCGGACUGGUUAUUGGUAUAGCAAUAGGGGGAGUGGCAAUAUUGUUGGUUUUGAGCUUGCUGUUUAUAUGUUGUCAAAAGAAAAGGAGAAGAAGAAGAGACGACGGCGAAAUUUACUACGCGCCGCCGCCUCCACCUCCUGGGCCUCCUAAAGAUCAUCCACACGGUGGCCAACAAUACCGGUGGCCACAAAAUCCUCCACCGCGUGUCGAUCAAUACGGUGCAAUUUUGCCUAAUCCAACUGCGCCAGUUACGGCAUGGAGACCACCAUCUCCGGAAGAUUCUCCUAUGCCAUCAAUGCCACCACCUCCACCACCACCGCCUUUCAUGAGCAGUAGUGGAGGUUCCGGUUCUAAUAAUUCAGGUUCCGAAAAUCCACUUCCACCACCCUCACCCGGCAUUGCACUUGGUUUCACCAAGAGCAAGUUUACUUAUGAGGAACUAGCAAGAGCAACAGAUGGCUUCUCCGAUGCAAACCUUCUUGGGCAAGGCGGUUUCGGGUACGUGCACAGAGGAGUUCUCCCAACCGGAACGGAAGUUGCAGUCAAGCAACUUAAGGCCGGAAGUGGACAAGGGGAAAGAGAAUUCCAAGCAGAAGUCGAGAUUAUCAGCCGCGUUCAUCACAAACAUCUUGUUUCAUUGGUCGGAUACUGUAUCUCCGGGACAACAAGAAUGCUUGUUUAUGAGUUUGUUCCGAACAACACAUUGGAGUUUCACUUGCACGGAAAAGGGAGACCUACAAUGGAUUGGCCAACAAGGAUGAUAAUUGCUUUAGGAUCUGCAAAAGGACUUGCAUAUCUUCACGAGGAUUGUAAUCCUAAGAUCAUUCAUCGCGAUAUUAAGGCGGCUAAUAUUCUUUUAGAUUUCAAGUUCGAGGCUAAGGUUGCCGAUUUCGGACUUGCAAAGUUCUUUUCUGAUGUCAACACUCAUGUAUCCACAAGAGUGAUGGGUACUUUUGGGUAUUUGGCUCCCGAGUAUGCUUCGAGCGGAAAAUUGACGGAAAAAUCGGAUGUUUUCUCUUUUGGGGUCAUGCUGUUGGAGUUGAUUAGCGGACACAGACCGGUUGGCUCGUCUUAUGCCGAGGAUAGUUUGGUCGAAUGGGCUAGGCCAUUACUCUCAAGAGCAUUAGAAGACGGAACAUUCAACAAUCUCAUCGAUCCGAGGUUACAAAAGGAAUAUAACCACAACGAGAUGGCUCGUAUGGUUGCUUGUGCUGCUGCUUGUGUUCGACAUUCAGCACGACGUCGACCACGAAUGAGCCAGAUCGUACGAGCUUUAGAAGGAGAAUCGUCGUUAUCGGAUCUCAACGAAGGAAUGAGACCGGGACAAAGCAAUGUGUACAGUUCAUAUGGAGGAAGCUCAGAUUAUGAUGCAAGCCACUACAACGAAGACAUGAAAAGGCUCCGAAGGGCUGCAUUAGGCUCGCUAGAAUACGGUGCUAGUAGUGAGUACAGUGAACAGACCAGCGAGUACGGUUUAUACCCUUCCGGCUCGACCGAAGGCCAAACUACUCGGGAAAUCGAGACGGGAAGUACAAAGAAAAAUAGCCAAAAUCAUAGCGGGAACUCUAUGUCUUGAAAAUGGUAAUACUAUCUCUGUAAAGAUUCCAUUGCUAUCAACAGUUUUUUUUUUCAUACAGAUUUUAUUGGCGAAUUGUUUGCAAAUGAAUGAUAUGCUUUUUUCAUGAGAUAUCACCAAAAUUUUUUACCUUUGAAAUCACGGCUUUUACCAUUGAUUUGUAAGUAUUAUACUGCUAGUGAUUUACAUGAAAGUAAAUAAUGGAUAACAGUCACUUUUGCUUGA